AUGUCAUCUCAAUCAUCAAUUGUCCCGGUGUACGAAGGCCCUUGGAUAGGUCCUUGGGUUCCCGAAAAUCCAACUCCCAAAUAUACAGGUAGCCCGGAGCGUGAGACAACACAGUCUAUCGAAAUAGCCUCAAAAAAGGACGAAGAGCGCCUCCAGAAGAUUGCAGGAGCUGUGCGCACAAUUCUGGAAUGCGUCGGCGAAGAUCCGGGCCGAGAAGGCCUACUCCAGACCCCAGAACGAUAUGCCAAGGCAAUGCUCUUUUUCACCAAGGGUUACAAUGUGAACAUUCAAGAUCUGGUCAACGGGGCUAUCUUCCACGAGAACCACGACGAACUGGUCAUUGUGAAAGAUAUAGAUGUCUCCUCCCUCUGCGAUCAUCACAUGGUUCCUUUUACAGGAAAGGUUCAUAUAGGCUAUAUACCUGAUGGCCGCAUCAUCGGUCUUUCGAAGCUCGCUCGCUUGGUCGAAGCGUUUUCUCGCAGGCUGCAAGUUCAAGAGCGUUUGACAAAACAGCUAGCGAUGGUCAUUUCGGAGGUACUCAAACCUCUGGGAGUUGGAGUUGUUAUGCAAUCGACCUACCUUUGCAUGGAGAUGCGUGGCGUGCAGAAGGUUGGUAGCUCUACAAUCACCAGUUGCAUGCUAGGAUUGAUGUGGGUUGAAGAUAUUUAG